GCCUUCUUUCUACAUCCAAUUAUCUACAUUCUUUGAAAUUUUCUUCUUAGCAAAAUGAAGUUCUCUGGUAUCACUGCUUCGGCCACCGCCUUGAUGGUUGGUGUCAGCUCUGCCGCAGUCACUGGCGUGACGGGUAAGCCUGAGGGUUUUGCUUCUUCCACCACUGGUGGUGGUGAUACCGCUGCCGUCUAUCCGUCCACCACCGACGAGCUGGUCUCGUACCUCGGUGAUGACUCUGCUCGCGUCAUCGUCCUUACCAAGACCUUCGACUUUACGGGUACCGAAGGAACGACUACCAGUACUGGCUGUGCUCCUUGGGGCACUGGAGCUGGCUGCCAGACCGCCAUCGACAAGGACGACUGGUGCGAGAACUACGAGCCUGAUGCUCCAAGUGUCUCGAGCAUUACCUAUGAUGCUGCAGGUACUCUCGGAAUCACUGUCGGCUCCGAUAAAAGUCUUGUCGGAGACGGCUCUUCAGGAAUUAUCAAAGGCAAAGGCUUGAGGAUCGUCAAUGGCGCCCAGAAUGUAAUUAUCCAGAACGUGCAGAUCUCGGAUAUCAACCCAGAAUACGUCUGGGGUGGAGAUGCUAUUACACUCGAUGGUACUGACAAUGUCUGGAUUGAUCAUGUUACUACAUCAAACAUCGCCAGACAACACAUCGUCCUUGGUACUGAGGCUUCUGGCAACGUUACCAUCUCGAACUCAUACAUUGACGGCUCUGGAGACUAUUCCGCCACCUGCGACGGCCAUCAAUACUGGGCACUCUACUUCGACGGAAGCGAUGAUCAGAUCACUUUCAAGAACAACUACAUUUACCAGACCUCAGGUCGCGCCCCCAAGGUCCAGUCUAAUACCCUUCUCCAUGCCGUCAACAACUACUGGAACGACAACUCUGGCCACGCCUUCGAGAUCGGUGAGGGCGGUUACGUUCUUGCCGAAGGUAACGUCUUCGAAAAUGUAGAGGCUCCUCUUGAAGCCUCGAGCUUUGCAGGUGAAUUGUUCACUGCAGACUCUGGCUCGGCUUGUAGCUCUGCUCUCAGAAGAUCUUGUGAAGCCAACUCGCUCAGCGACUCUGGUACCUUCAGCGAAAGUGACACCGACUUCUUGAGCAAGUUCUCUGGCGCUGUCAUUGCUACUGCUUCGGCUGCUUCGGAGGUCAAGUCCUACGUUACUUCUAACGCUGGUAUUGGCAAGCUUUCUCAGUAAACAGGGAAGAGGUGGUCAUGCUGAGGGCGUAGACCGAAGGUGUAUAGAGUAGCUUGCUGGGAUCGAUGGCAGCUGGUUUGCCUGCAAAUGUUACUUUACUACAAGCACACAAGACAAAAAUCAUUUCUGCUCCCUCC